AUGGCUCCGGUACGGUCGCGUUUGACGUUGAAAAAUAAAAUCGACAUAAUAAAAUGUUAUGAUGCAAAAAAACAAAGUGUUCGUGAAUUAGCGACUCAAUUUAAAGUUGGUAAAACUCAAAUUGGAACCAUACUCAAGUCCCGGGUAGAUCUAUUGCGUAAAUGGUGUGAUGAAAACGUGAAUGGAGAGACAAAAAAGAAUUUUAUUGAAGGUAAGGGCUUUGAAAUAGACCAUGUGUGUUAUGAAUGGUUCUGCCGCGUCCGUGCUAAAAAUUUGCCUAUCUCUGGUCCUCUCAUACAGCAAAAAGCUAUAGAAAUUGCUAAAACUUUGGGUAGAACUAAUUUUAAAGCGUCUAAUGGAUGGCUAGAAAAAUUUCGCAAACGUCACAAUAUUGCUUAUAAAGCUAUCUGUGGAGAAAGUAGUUCCGUUGACCAUGAUAUUGUGGACGACUGGAAUAAUAAAUUAGUCGAAAUAUGUGAAGGAUUUGUUCCAAAAAAUAUUUUUAAUUUAGAUGAAACUGGCUUAUUUUUUCGUGCUUUACCCAAUAAAACAAUGUGUCUCAAAGGUGAGAACUGCAGUGGUGGAAAAAUAAGUAAAGAACGAAUUACAGUUAUGUUGUGUGUUAAUAUGGAAGGCGAUUUUGAAACACCUUUGGUGAUUGGAAAGGCGUUAAAACCCCGAUUCGACUAUGAGGAGACAUCUUUGUUGGUUGAUGUUGGAGGUAGGCACAUAUCAAAAAAUUUUAUAUAG